AUGGCCUCCGAGACCUUGUCACUCUUUCCCUCGCCUGUCUGUUCUAUUCCACCAAAAUCUUGUCUGAGGCAAGCUGAGGACAUCCAAAUGAGACGCAACACUCCUUCGCCUGUACUCAAUUCAAAGUCAUAUCCUGCAGGAAAGCUUCAAGGGCUCGCUCUGCAGCUUACCCCUCAGGUCCCCAAGACUACGUCUGUUCAAUCACCUGCAUCAGAAUCGAGACCUUCCUUCUCGGGUCCUGUACCAACUCGCUCUCCCGAUAGCAACAUGUCGAGCUCGUCUCCACAAUCGGAGCCAGCUUCGAGCACAGGGAGAAGACCAGCCGUUGCUAUUCGCAAAAUCUCCAUCGACACGACUUCUAGCGAAACACGCUCAGAGUUCUCAGGACCGACGCUCGUGCGAUCCAAUAGUGGCUCAUCGGCACAACCGAAAGUAGUGUCGCCUCCCAUAAAGUCCAUGUUCCCCGAGUACAAUCCAGACCUGCCGCUAUCGCAGCAGGCAUACUACCCUGCCGAGAAUGUGCCUCGACCAAGUCUAGAACGCAGUGCAAAGUACCACCACCAAACUCCAGCAGACUUGCCAUCACCCACUUCGCCAACCCCUGCUGCAGGUCUCUCGCAGUUGCAAGCCCUGUGGAAUGCUGCUAGUGGCCAGACCGGAGUCUUUUACUCUGAGAAGAUCAAGCUGACAAUGCAUCGAGACGAGAUUGGUGUCGGCUCUACAGCGACCGAAGUACGAUUCGGUUCACGAGAGGGUCGUACGCUCUACUCUGUCUCUCCUUCGGAUGCUUCAAACGAGCUCACAGUUCGCCGGCAUCAUCCGGCUAGGACUGGUAUCGUGCCUGUUGCUCAAUUGGAUGUUGCAACCCUUCAGAAGGAUGCAAAGAGCGAGACUACUAUCUUCCCCCAACAAGCAGCACUGAAUGCACUAGAAGCAGCGGCCACGACACAUAGAGCCAACGCUAUCGCACAAUAUGAUCCUCGAGCAUCUUCACCACAAGCUGCACAAUUAGCAUUCGAUGCAGUGUCUGAAGCCAAGGCACACGAGUCCUGUCAACUAGUUCGUAUCCCUCAGGAUACCACUGCGUAUGGCGCCGAGGGACAUAGCUAUGAGUUGCGACAUGCGCGUGCUGGAGCUUUCAGCAUCUCGGUUGACGGCACAUUUGACUUUGCGACGAAAAGCAAUGCGAAAAUAUGUCUACAUGCGCCAACGAGUACGAAGAAAGCAGUGACCAGAUCUCCGAAGCUCGUCUGUCUCGAUCUGAGUACGGGAACUCUGGAAAUCGAUGUGGCUUCGUUCAGAAGAUUACCGAGCAAGCACAUGAUUGACAGCGCGGUGUGUGCUGUUCUGGCUGUCGCGUUCACAGAAAGCAAACUGGCCGAAAUCAAGGCAAAGGCAGAGACGUUCUCUCCGCCUCCAACAACAUCGAAGGAGGGCAGCGCGAUUCAGAAGACAAGGAGAAGUGGCUGGAGACGUAGCAAGAAAAUUGGCAAGAAGGCAGGUGCAGAUGAGACGGAGAAGCUGCCAAGCGUGACACGAGGUAUAUUGUUUCUUCUUGGGUUUUCAUUCGAGGCGAUAGUGUGGCUGCUUGGAUUAGGAGUCAAGGUGUUGAGCAAAGUAGUUGUUUGUGCGAGUGGGAUUGUUAGCAACAAGUGA